GUCGGAGGGCCGGCAGCGGGGCUGGAUGUGCCCGGCUCCCCCCGCGCUGAGGUGGGCAGCGAUGCAGAAGGCAGGCGGCAGCUUCGCCUCCGCCGAGAGACACCCGCUCAAGAUGGCAGAUGUGUGUUGAGUUUGGGGGGCUGCGAUCUCGCGUCGUUCGUGGCGGCGUUGCCAUGAAUAACAGGCGUCCUUGCACCGAUGGCCCCCAUGUACGAAGGGCCUGUGCUGACAUCUGUCUCUGGAAGGAUGAAGUAAGAGCAGUCACAGACAGCUCCUACCCUGAAAAGUGGGAAAGGUAUGGCCUCGCAUGUGCAAGUUUUCUCUCCUCAUACCCUUCAGUCAAGUGCCUUCUGUAGCGUGAAGAAACUGAAAGUGGAGCCGAGUUCAAACUGGGAUAUGACUGGGUACGGCACACACAGCAAAGUCUACAGCCAGAGCAAGAACGUGCAGUCCUCCCAAGCAGCCGCCGCAGCAGCCGUCAACGCCUCCCUCCAGAUCCCCAAUCCGAGCAUCCCCUACGAACAGACCAUCAUCUUCCCAGCAAGCACGGGGCACAUCGUGGUGACAUCUGCCAACAGCACUUCUGGUGUGGUUGCAGUGUCUGGGCAAACACUGGGCGGGCCACACAACCUGAUGCGUCGCAGCACUGUGAGCCUUCUGGACACCUACCAAAAAUGUGGACUUAAGCGCAAGAGUGAGGAGAUUGAGAACACAAGCAGCGUGCAGAUUAUCGAGGAGCAUCCACCAAUGAUUCAGAACAAUGCCAGUGGGGCCACUGUAGCCACCGCCACCACUUCCACAGCCACCUCCAAAAACAGUGGCUCCAACAGUGAAGGGGAUUACCAGCUGGUGCAACAUGAGGUGCUCUGUUCCAUGACCAACACGUACGAAGUGUUAGAGUUUCUUGGCCGUGGAACCUUCGGACAAGUAGUCAAAUGCUGGAAACGUGGCACUAAUGAGAUUGUGGCUAUCAAGAUCCUAAAAAACCACCCUUCCUAUGCCCGGCAAGGCCAGAUUGAAGUGAGCAUCCUGGCUCGGCUGAGCACGGAAAGUGCGGACGACUACAACUUUGUCCGUGCUUACGAGUGCUUCCAGCACAAGAAUCACACAUGCUUGGUCUUUGAAAUGUUGGAGCAGAACCUCUAUGAUUUCCUAAAACAAAAUAAAUUCAGUCCCUUGCCCCUUAAGUACAUUCGACCAAUUCUCCAGCAGGUAGCAACUGCCCUAAUGAAGCUGAAAAGUCUGGGACUGAUUCAUGCUGAUCUCAAACCAGAGAACAUCAUGUUGGUAGACCCAUCCCGACAGCCAUAUAGGGUCAAGGUCAUAGACUUUGGUUCAGCUAGCCAUGUAUCUAAAGCUGUGUGUUCUACCUACCUUCAAUCCAGAUAUUACAGAGCCCCUGAAAUCAUCCUUGGUUUACCAUUUUGUGAAGCAAUCGAUAUGUGGUCAUUGGGAUGUGUCAUUGCAGAGCUGUUCUUGGGCUGGCCGUUGUACCCGGGAGCUUCGGAGUACGAUCAGAUUCGCUAUAUUUCACAGACGCAGGGCUUACCAGCAGAGUAUUUGUUAAGUGCAGGGACAAAGACUACGAGGUUUUUCAACAGGGAUACAGACUCACCAUAUCCUUUGUGGAGACUGAAGACGCCAGAUGAUCAUGAGGCAGAGACGGGGAUUAAGUCGAAGGAAGCAAGAAAGUAUAUUUUCAACUGUUUGGAUGAUAUGGCACAGGUGAACAUGACAACGGAUUUGGAAGGAAGUGAUAUGUUGGUGGAAAAGGCAGACCGGCGGGAGUUUAUAGAUCUGUUAAAGAAGAUGUUGACGAUAGAUGCAGAUAAGAGGAUAACACCCAUUGAAACUCUGAGCCACCCUUUUGUCACCAUGACGCACUUGCUCGAUUUCCCUCACAGCACACAUGUCAAGUCCUGCUUCCAGAACAUGGAGAUUUGCAAGCGACGGGUGAAUAUGUAUGACACAGUGAACCAGAGCAAGACGCCAUUCAUCACCCACGUAGCCCCAAGUACAUCGACCAACUUGACCAUGACUUUUAACAACCAGCUGAACACAGUCCACAACCAGACCACCAACCUGGCUCCCACCUCCUCCAGUGCCACUAUUUCCUUAGCCAACCCCGAGGUCUCCAUACUAAAUUACCAAUCUGCACUCUACCAGCCCUCAGCGGCGUCCAUGGCUGCGGUGGCCCAGCGGAGCAUGCCCCUGCAGACAGGAACAGCGCAGAUCUGUGCCCGCCCCGACCCCUUACAGCAAGCUCUCAUCGUCUGCCCACCAGGCUUCCAAGGGUUACAAGCCUCCCCUUCAAAGCAUGCUGGGUAUUCGGUUCGGAUGGAGAACGCAGUUCCCAUUGUCACUCAGGCUCCUGGGGCCCAGCCUCUUCAGAUCCAGCCAGGACUCCUCGCACAGCAAGCGUGGCCCAGUGGCACUCAGCAGAUCCUGCUCCCUCCUGCCUGGCAGCAGCUGACCGGGGUGGCCACCCACACAUCUGUCCAGCAUGCGACCGUCAUCCCAGAGUCCAUGGCAGGCACCCAACCACUGGCAGACUGGAGAAACACGCACGCUCACGGCAGCCACUACAACCCCAUCAUGCAGCAGCCCACGCUGCUGGCCAGCCACGUGACCCUGCCCGCCGCCCAGCCCGUCAACGUGGGAGUCGCCCACGUCAUGCGCCAGCCGCCCGCCGCCACCUCCGCCAGGAAGAGCAAACAGCACCAGUCGGCGCCCCGAAACACAUCCACCUAUGAAGUUUCAUCCUCUCAGUCCAUCAGCUCGCCCCAGCGGUCGAAACGAGUGAAGGAGAACACGCCUCCCCGCUGUGCCAUGGUGCACAACAGCCCUGCCUGCAGCACCUCCGUCACCUGCGGCUGGGGCGACGUGGCCACCAGCACCACGCGGGAGCGGCAGCGGCAGACGAUCAUCAUUCCCGACACCCCCAGCCCCGCAGUGAGUGUCAUCACUAUCAGCAGCGACACGGAUGAAGAGGAGGAGCAGAAGCAUGCACCCACCAGCACCUUGUCCAAGCAGAGGAAGAAUGUCAUCAGCUGUGUCACCGUGCAUGACUCCCCCUACUCCGAUUCCUCCAGCAACAACAGCCCUUACGCCGUGCAACAUCGUGCAGGGCAGAAUAACGGGAACAGCUACGACACCAAAGGGGUUCCAGAGACUCACUGCAGUGGGAACCCCCGAACGAUCAUCGUGCCACCACUGAAAACCCAGGCCAGUGAGGUGUUGGUAGAGUGCGAUAGCCUGGCACCAGUCACCACCAGUCACCACUCAUCCUCCUACAAGUCCAAGUCCUCCAGCACCGUGACCUCCACCAGCGGUCACUCUUCAGGGAGCUCGUCUGGAGCCGUUGCCUAUAGGCAGCAGCGACCAGGAGCACAUUUCCAGCAGCAGCAGCCUCUUAAUCUAAGUCAGGCCCAGCAGCACAUCACGACCGACCGCACAGGGAGUCACCGGAGACAGCAAGCCUACAUCACUCCAACGAUAGCUCAGGCCCCGUACUCUUUCCCGCACAAUAGUCCCAGCCAUGGUACAGUUCAUCCCCACUUGGCCGCGGCGGCCGCUGCUCACCUGCCCACCCAGCCCCACCUGUACACAUACACCGCCCCCGCCGCCCUGGGCUCCACGGGCACCGUCGCGCACCUGGUGGCCUCCCAAGGGUCUGCACGGCACGCGGUGCAGCACACCACCUACCCCGCCAGCAUCGUCCACCAGGUCCCUGUCAGCAUGGGCCCGCGCGUCCUGCCCUCACCCACCAUCCACCCGAGCCAGUACCAGGCUCAGUUUGCCCACCAGACCUAUAUCAGUGCUUCUCCAGCCUCCACAGUCUACACUGGAUACCCACUGAGCCCUACCAAGGUGAACCAGUACCCUUACAUCUAAACACUGGAAUAAAAGAGCGAGAGACGCACCCAUCCCGGGGGGAGUGAGGCAGCCGCUUUUGUAUUGAAGAACAUGAGAAACUUAACAAUGCAAUGGGAGGCUCGUGUGAAACUUGAACGAAGGAGACUUUAAGGAAGAAAAGAAAAAGAGGAAAGAAGGGGGAGAACCAAUUCUACAGUUUUUAUUUAAAAAAAAAAAAAGAAAAUGGAAAAAAAAAGAACAGAAAAAAAAAUAAACCACAAAAAACCAACCAUUCUGCACCAAACUAGAGAGAAAGAGAGAAGCAGAAGGACCCUCCCGCGGGUCUUGUCUUUUGAAGAACUUCACCAACAGACUUUUAAAGGUUAUUUUCAUCCAAUAGUGAGCUACAUUUAGAAAUUUGUUGUCCAAAACACCUAAAAUGAAAUCCAUUAGGUUUUUAAUCCUAUAGGUAUAUGGAUUAGGGAUUUAUCCAGCUUUUCAAAGGGUUUAUACCCCACCUUUGCAGUGGUUUUUGUAUCCCAAAGUAUACACAAGUUUUGGUGGAUUUUUAAUGGAAAAAGAAAGUGGGUAAGGGAGGCUGAGGUAGGAGGAUAAAACGUUGUCCCAGUGCUCUAAAUUUGGACCUAACACUGCUACAUUUAAACGCACCUGGGCAAAUCUGGCCAUGCAGCAUUGGUUGAGAGCAGAAGCAAUGGGGGUAUUUCUCCCUUUUCUUGAACACACUGGAUAAAUCCCUGAGAAAUACUGUUCCUAAACAAGAUCUCUAAUAAUGUAUGUUGGAUUUCAGUUGCGUUUUAUUUUAGGGUUUUUUUGGAAAUGUUCCUUUUUAAUCCCUAGCCGUUUUAGUAUAGGAGGAGACAUUUUAGCUGCCCCCAGCCCUCUGCCCCCAGCCCCGGUAGAAUGUAGCACUAUACAGGUCAUACCCCUUUUUACUCUUUUGUGUUGAACUUCAACGAUACCAAUAGACUAUUCCUCAAUGUGAUUGCACAAAGAAAAGUGAUAUAACAUAGGCAUGUAACAAAUGUGAUUGUCCAGGUAUGUGCGUGUGCGUGCGUGUGUGUGCGUGUGCGUGCAGAUGCUGCCUUCUCUCUGUGGUGUGUUCCUCGGCACAGCCAUUACAACUGUCACAGUCUUAGUUUUACAUCAUUCCCUCGUAGUGCCUUACCGAACUACAGACGCGGUUUAAGGGUUUACUUCCACUGGUACUCCUAGAAACUGACUGAGGCUAGUCGGAAUUUACUCUCAGCUCUUUUUCUUCUCUUUUUUUCUCUUUUCUUUUUUGUUUUUUUUUUGGUUGUUUUUGUUUGUUCGUUUGUUUGUUUUUGGGGGGGGUUGUUAUUGCCGAUUUUCUCCUUCUGCUGGUGGUGUUGGGUUUUUUUUCACGUCGUCAAUCUUAGCUCACUUGGCGAGGUGUUGGGGAGGCUCGUUGGGGUCAGAAGUGUGUAUAACUGAGUGUUUUGUCAAGCACUGGAUGGGCUGGAAGUGACCGGGUCAGUUGUGAGACCCAGGGUGACUUCCAGGGGGUCUAGGGAUUUGUUUCUGGACUGGUCUGUUUUUGUCCUGUUGAAGUAUCAGGUUUCCUCCCCAGAAACUGAAUUCUCAUUCUGCUGUUUGACGAUGUUCUUGAUGGAGUGGGAGGACAGCGUCCACCCUCAUCAUUGGGUUGUCCUGGUUGUGUGUCUGAAAUGGGAACAAACAUUUAGCCCUUGAAAGGGGGAAACACUAGUUGUUGCCAACAUCUCUCACUGUUGAUGAGAAGGGGUCAGGAAAGGGCUGUAGUCCCAAAGCAAGCAUGAGAAAAUCCAGUUGAGAGAGUCAAUCUCAGGUUUCUUAAGUGAAAAGAGUGUUUUAAUACAUCGAGCCUUACCCACUCUAACAGAGCUGUGACACUGCGUGCCUCCCCUCCUCUCUUCUCACCUACACCUCAAAAAACUGCCUGCAGCAGCAGAGUGACCCUGGAACUGGAGAGCACAGCAGUGCUGCAGUCCUCCACACAAAGGAAUGCUACACUGUCAUCUUGUUUUCCAACAGUUUUUAAAGAGAGCCUUUCCUGUAGUUGGUUUGGUUCAGAGGGGAGUUUCCCUGGUAGUGGCAGUUUCACUGGUGCAUCAGUACUUGGAAAUGUCUCAAGAGUACCCAUGCAUGUGCACGUCCUGAGGAGGAAGGAGAGAAAGGAAUUUAGUAAAACAUUUCCAUGAAAGCUGAAGUCUGUGUGGCUACUUGGUUCCACUCUACAUUUCCCUGUAACUAGAGCAUGAAGUAGUCAGGUAUUUUGCAAGAUGCUGGAAAAUAGCAGGUUCACUGGCAGGGUGGUAAGGGAUAGUUUCCCUGAGUGGAAGUGAUGAAGAAGGCUCUCUCAGGUUGGAAAAGCUGACAGAAAGACAAGCACAGUAUAUUGGCUUGUGGUAACUGCUUGGCUGGCCUGGAAGAAGAAGGGAUCCCACUAUGCAUAGGCUGUUCAACAAGGCUGUUGUCUUCUGGCAAACCACCAAAUAACCUCCCUGGUUGCCAGCUCUGGUUCCUGGGCUACCCUUGCACAGUUUUCUUUUCCUGCCUAUCCUUCAUUCCAGCUCAAUAUACUGUAGAUGAGGAUGCAAUCUCCCAGCAGCCUAUGCACCUUACUCCCCCUUUCUUUGGAAAGACAACGUGUCCCCUUUCACCUGAGACAGGAAAAUAAAGCCCUGCUCUCUCUCUCUUGCAUUCCUCUCCUCUCCCACCAGUUCGGGAGCGAGAGCGUCAUGCUGCUUAUGUCAUGAAAAGGAAAGAUAAUGUUAUUUUAUUGUAUGGUUGUUACAAUUAUGAUUAUUAUUUUAUUAUUAUUGUAUUUUACUCUGGGUUUUAAUUGCACACGCAUUCCUUAAACUUUGUAGGGGUUUUUUUUUCUCUUAGUAUUGUUGUUACUGUUCUUAAUUUUAUUUCUCUUCAUCAGUGGCAUUGGAAGGGUUGCUGUGAUUGUGAGAACUGCAGGAGAAAGGAGGAAUGAAAUUAUUCCGAGGAUGAAAACUCUGCCACUAACCUGGGGGGUGUGGGGCCACUCUAUGAGAAUGGUCACAGCCUUGAGGAACAGGAGUUAUCCUCUCAGUCACAUCUGCAUUUAAGAAUAAGUCCAGAAAACAUUCAUUCAGAGGCCAAAACCCAACAGCAGCUAACGUAAUGAUCUGUCAGGAGAGCUGGAUCAGGGGCAGGUAAGGACCUUGGUGCCUCAGGAUCCAGCUCACCAUCACUCAGUUUGAUAGGACAUUUAUAUAAGAUUAAGACUUGUCUGCGUUCCAGGCCAUGAUCAUUGGGCCCUGUGGAUGAGUUCAAGGCCACGCUACCUGUUAAGGGUUUGGUUUUCCUAAAGGAGAAAGCAGAUAGGUGGCUCUCCAGAAACAGGAGUAUUGAAGGAGCCACGGCAGCCACGCGUGCAGCUCAGUCCCAUCACUGGAUAAAGCACACUGGUGCAGAUGGAUGGCAUCAGCUGGGUAAAGCAUGGCUGCAGGCAGGGCAGUGUUCCUCCCCUGAUCUUCCACUCUCACUGAAGGUUAGAUGUCCACAGGGUCAGGAUGUUUGGUUUGAUUUUUUUGUUGUUGUUUGUUUCUGAUGUAGAUUUUCCCUUCUUUUAUAAUUAUUUGUUGUGGAAUUUUGUUAAGCUGUUCUGGUUGCUACAGUUUAGAUAUUUAUGGUUUCGUUUGCGUUACCUGCUCUGUUAGAAUAGGGGGAAGCAGUGACUGAAUUUAAAUUCCAUUAAAAAAUUACAGGACUUCAGCAGAGACUGAAAGUUAAUCAUGUGCUUGAGUGCUUUACUAAAGAACAGACUUAAACCCUUCAAGUUAAAUACUUGUUUAUAUGCUCCUGUAGCCUAGGGCCAGUGAAAUCACAGUAAUGUUUUACUUGUACUAAUUGCAUUUUCCCUGUGUUCCCAUCUGACCUGCUCUCCCAUGUGGGCUCAGAUCUGAUUUUGGGGGGCUUUUGGCAGCGGAGCUGUUACAACAGCACAGGAUGGCUGUGAGAAGGAGUGCAGUGCGUAUCGGAGGAGCCACUUUUCACAUUGUCCGUCCUGGAGUUGCUGGUCUGCCAGCUGUAGGUGGUCAGAUGAUAGCGGUGAUGGGAUGCUGAUUGCAAGAGAUGCACAGCAGAACCAUCAAAUUGCUUUGAUGGGGAAACACCGUGUGAGAGCUGUUUUCUGGCAGGUAUGAGGGAGCUGAGCAACACCUCCUCCCUCACACCUGUACAAUGGCAUUGUAUGGAUAAAGGUAUGGUUGGUCACAGGGGAAGUAGUCAUUUCAGCAGAGGAAGCAAAAGCUUUGCAUGCUGUCAGUACCACACACAUAACAGCCAGCUUGUUGUGUUUGCAGAAUCCUUUGGAGAGGAAAUAGAAUUGGCAUGAUUUGGUUCAGUUGGUGUUCCUUGUGUGCAUAGGGUAAAUGGCAUGGAAACUUGAAGGGGGAGGCGAAUGUUUAAAUGCUGGAAGUUUUAUGGGUGGCUUAUGGCUGGCACAGUGAGAAAGUGGUCCUUUUCCCCAUCAUCUUGUCUUGCAUUCUUCUUAUGCAGAAAGCACAGACGUUGCCACUCCUCGGAGAUGGAUGUUCAGUUUCCUGCUGUGAAGCCAGAAUGCAGGAGGGAGGGGAGAGAACUGCCAACAUGAGCAGAUUGGAAAACCCAAAUGGAAGCACUUCUCACUGUAGAUUGGGUCAAAUCCAGUCAUUAGAGAGAGCAAAUGCAAUUCCAUCUUCCUCAGCAGAGUUUUACCUGCUUGUACCCAACAAAUUGGGCCUUGGCAGGUCUCUUACUCUCUCUCUUUCCCUAGUAGUUUUGUCAUGAUAUGUAAAACAUUCCAAGAAAGGGACACUUCUGACUGUGACAUUUUUCCUUUUUUUAUACUUUCAAGGAAUUGUGUCUUUUUAGCUUGGUUUGAAGGCAAUUCCGUUAGCAAAUCUGAAGGGCAAUAAACCUGUUUUUUUCUUUAACCAAAGAUACUUUUUUUUAAGAAAGAGAGAAAGAGACCCCCACCUACUCCAGAAAUUAAAUGAAGCCACGAGUCAUGAGCACCAGGCAAUGAGGAUACUCCGUGGAAUUACAUUUUUCUGUUCCCUUUUUUUUCUUUUUCUCUCUCUCUCUCAAGUUUCUGCCAUUGUUUUGAGUACUAGCUUGAUGAGCAGAGAAAUUCACACUAAAUAUUGCUGCUAUCCUAAACUGUAGGGGAUGUCAAAAGUGUUUUUCUUCUCUCGUUAUUGUUCUCAUUGAUUUAAGUGUUGUAGUGGUGACAAUGCAGUGUGGAAAUGGUGAGCUGUAUAGUGGGGAUAAGCUUCUGGAUGCUCUGCAUGCUUCUGUAGUGUCUCCUUCUCUGGAUUUAGGAUGCUGGGUUUGUUCUGUGGGUUGGACCCCAAACAGUGAUGCCAUUGUCAGAACAGGCACAGCGGGGCAAGGGUAUUGGACUUACACUCAUGUUCUUCCAUGGCUUUGCAAUCAGCCCAUUAGAGAACUGCAGUACUAUUUGUGGGCCAAAUCCUGGAAACCUGUAUGCAAGGUGUGCAGGGGAUAGACAGUGCAGAAGGGAAAAAUGUGGGAAGGAAAUGUUUUCCCUCUUCCUGUUGACAUAGCUGUCCCUGCUGUGAUCCCAUGUGCUGUGGGAGCCUCAAAGCAGUUAAUCUGUGGUCCUGGGCACUCAUCUACAUCACCUCCCUCAGCGCUCCUGUGAGAAGGGCCUGUGUCGGAAGUUCAGGAUUUCCCAUCCUACUUUUCAAGGCUCACUUAUGUACCUACAAACCAUUUUACUCUCUCCAGACUUAGGGAGAAGAAGAUGAGUCUGUGCUGCUGGGGUUCUCUCACUGCCGUACUCCAACAAAGCUGCCUCUGAUGAUGGUGAGAAUUUCUCCCUGAGCUGUAGAGUGAGGUUUUUUUACGCCAUUUUGACACCAUUUCACAGUGGUGCUCAAAGAGAUGGUGGUAGACCUGUUGUCAAAGGCUGUGUGUAGGCUCGUUGCUGGAGUACUGCAUUGGAUGAGAGGCACUGGGCUUUCCAGGCUGGUCUCCAUCCCCAUGGUCCAUCCUUCCCACCACCUGGGAACACCACUACCUGCGUGUGUUGCUGUGACGCCACCACGCUCACACCCACCCUGGGCACACAGCAAGACCCACUGCAGGGGCAGCCCCUGGAAGUAAGCCUGGCCAGUGUACAGGGGAGCACUGCCAACCCAGGGCUCUGUGCUGAAGGUGUCUGGUUCCCUUGGGGUAAGUGUAAUCGCUGGGAAUGACCCCCGAGGCAGUAGUUAGUUUUCUGUGAGGAGCUGCUGAUGCAGGUGGAGGUGUGAGAACCCGUCUGGAGGUAAACUGAGGUGAGCUCUGCGUGUGUCACAUGCUUUCAGUGGGAAGAUGUGGGUUUAGAGCAUUUGUGUGUGUUGAGAGUGAAAUUUGAAUGGUAGAUUGGCUUGGUUCUUCAGAAAUCUUAGGAAGCAUACUAGGAGGCUUUGCAUUCGGCAUUUGUGGUUUGAAACUCCUGUUUCUCAUUUACGGGUUAGCUUUGUCCUUCCAAUUUUAGCAGUGCUGCUAUAACAGACUAUUCAUGUGUGUUUGAAGAUAAAGUUUUUGUUUUUAAUCUUUUGCUUAUCAUAGUUAAUCUAAGAAAGGCAAUACUAAAGGUAUAUUUUUUCCAAAAAUGAUAUUUUUUACUGCACUGAUAAAUAUUGUGACAUCUCUGUUCUUAACUCUUUCGCUGUGAGGGGAACUGUGUGCAGAUUCACACAAACCUUGUAAAUACUUGUGUGUACUUCUGACAGCCAGGGAUUAUUUUUCCUUCCUUCCUUCCUCCCUCCUUUCCUUCCUUCCUCCCUCCCUCCCUCCCUCCCUCCCUUUCUUCCUCUCUUUCUUCCUUCCACCCUUCCUUCAACCCUCCCUCCCUCUCUCCUUCCUUCCACCCUUCCUUCCACCCUCCCUCCUUCUCUUCUUUCCUCCCUCCCUCAUUUCCUUCCUCAUUUUCUUCCUUCCUCAUCUCCUUCUUUUUUUUUUCUUUCUUUCUUUUUUUCAAACAAGGUUUCCUCUUGAAACAGAAAGCAAUGGGGCAACAAUGCUCAGCAAAAGCAAAGCUUAUCCCACUUUCAGAACAUAGCCAAGGAGUUUUUGCAGUGCUGGCAUAGAGUUAAUAUUUAAGCCAAUGUAUUUUGAUUAUUUUUUUUUUUUUUUUAGCAAACUGUUUGGAAAGGAAUAAGACAGAUUAGAAAAGCUUCGGUCUGGAAUUCUGAUCAGAAACGUUAUCCAUCUAUUUUAUGGCACCUCUGAUUUUCCUUCUGUUUUCUUUUUCUUUAAAAAAAUGAAAAAAAAAAGAAAAAAAAAGGCUUGUUGCAGGCUUGCUCGCCUGAGCUCUAGGCUGGUCAGCGACUGUCCCAGGAGUGCCUCGUGCUCUGGGACCGCCGGCUCCUUUGGAAGCAAACCCACUGAUCAGGAUUCUGGAUUCUGAUUGCUUCAAAGGGUAUCCCCUGGUACUGUGGGAUACCUUUGUUUUUUUAAAAGAAGGAUUUAAAUACACUUACAUUACGCAAACUGUGACCUAAUGGCAAUAAUUACCUCAAAUGUGGGCAUUCAUCCUGGUUUUAGCCUUUUUGAAAUCAUGUAGCCAGCUUGAACUUUGAUUCAAAGACUCUGAACUCCAUAGGGGCGGAAUAGCGAUAAAUGCCCACCCUGGUCAUUGUUGCUUGAGUGAAUUCUGAAGACAGUGAAUCUUUAAAAAGAAAAAAAAUUAAACCAAGGAAUAGAUUACUCUUUUAUGUAUUUUAAUCAAUUGUGAUGUUAAAAUGCACAUGUAAGUAUAUAUGUUUAUAGCUACUGUAAAAUGCUUUGGCCUUCUAGAAGAUAUUAAUGAGUCACAUUUUAAACCAAUGUGAACUGAAUAAUAGACUGUGGCUACUUAACAGUUUUCUGCCUACAUUUUAUAGUUAUUACAGUGUUUUAUAGUUUACAUUUAAACUGGUACUUUUUAAGGGAAAUCUUGUGUUUAUAAGUGUCACCUUCAAAAACUCAAUACAGCUGCCUCUUCUUAAUUUCACCCGUUAAAAAUGGAAAAGUACAAGUGUGUGUUUUAAUAUGUAUAUUCUGUUCUGAGAUAUAACAUAGUGUUGGAAAGUCAGUCCAGAGAUGAAAUAAUCCACUGUAUUCCAAAGUCUGAUCGAAAAAACACUCCACCCACUUUGAAGAUUUAGUUCAACAGAUAAGCUAUUUGUUUGUUCACUUGUUUUAAUAAUGUGCUUUAUCAGGCGUCCCUGGGUUGAAGCAGGGAUCACGACACGAAAUCCACUGUUCUAUGUAGGAUCCUCAUCUGGAUGAAGAUACCCCCAUCAGGAGAAUGAAGGAUAUUCAAAGGAAGGAUUGUAUUGUACUAUUGAUAAAUCAUUAGCCAAACAAUUAAUACCUGAGGUAGUGAAUGCCUGUUUUAUUUUUGGGGAUGGGGUUGGGGGUGUGUUUGUGAGCUUGUGUGUGUGUGUGUGAGCCACUCAGAGGCAAUGCUGUAAUUUGGCUUUCAUCUGUUCACCCCUUUCUUACAAAUUAUGCUUACCACCACAGAAAUGUUUUAAACCAGUAAACAAAAUACAAAGUUCACUGACCAUCUCCUUGUCAACUCUGUUUUCUCAGCCCAUGCCAGUUCCUGAUAAUGAUGUUUCUCUGCUCCUCUUACCCUGUAAUUUGCAUUUUGAUAUAUCACAUUCCCCACUCCCUGGUCUCACUCAGCCUGUCUAGUUUUUUCUGUUGUGUUCUUUCACUUGGGUAAACAACAAACAUGGUAUAAAUGUCUGCUGGGCAAAAUGGUACUUUGAGGUCAUGAAAGUACAGGAACUGGCAUUUAAAAAUAUGUAUAUGUACAUCUCAGCUCCAGCAGUGGAGCUCGGGUACUCAAGGGAGGGCUCCUUAUGUGUUUCCACCAUGCCUGGUGGGGCUGUAUCAGUCAGCUUAGAGCAGAGGUAGUGAACAGGAGCAGCCGGCGAUGCUUUGCACUUGGGCACCUGUGCUGCUCCCAGUACAAUCAGCAGCGGUGGGGUCGGGGGAGCGCAACCCGCCUCCUCCUCCGGCAGCACCGUUCCGGGGGGCAGCCGUGCCUGCCCCGCUGUCCACAUUCCCAAAGCGAUAAGGUAUCAUACGGUGAGCCAGGAUUGUCAGCAGCACUCGGGCCAGCUGGAAAAAGCCCACCCUCCCUCACCGUUCACCACCACCCAAUCCACAGGCUUUGCUGCCCCCGGCUCCUGCCUGGUCUCCUGUUCUUUUGGGAAGGAGUCAGAGUCGCAAAUACCAGCACACUCAAAUGAAGGAGCCAGAGGGUCUUGAUAAAUGCUUUGGCUUGCAGCUUGUUAGGGAAGAAGGGGUUUCCAACACUGACAAUGCACAUCCUGUAGGAUCUGGAUGGUUACAUAUAGCACCUCUGCCCUCACAAGGAAAAAAGUGCUUCUGAACGCUCCCACCUCACGUGGUUACAUACAGCACUUCUGACUUUUCUUUUCCCCCGUUAUCCCUUAUGUGUUUGAUUUUUUUAAUUUUCUUUUAUAUUUUUUUGCUCUGUAUUCUUUAAAUGAAACUUCCACAGAUAUUCCAGGGCACAACCAUUUCAGGUGUAAAAAGGAUCUCCACAUCCCAUGUUUCACCAACAAAGCAAUCAAGGCGUUUUGGGUACCAGAUUCUACUUGGGCAGAACCAGAAUGUAGCCUGUAUAUUUCAUACCAAAUCCAAUUUCUGAAAGGAGAGGAAGUGUCAUUAAUAGCUUUAAUAAAGGAGUGUGUGUGAGAGAGAGAGAGAGAGAGAGAGAGAGAGAGAAAGACAGGAAGCGAGAAAGAGAGAAGAAGGAGGGGCAUCUUGGAAGGUGAAAAGUCUAGAUUUUGGGUAGUUAAAAACGAACCAAUGGGUGAAACAUUUUUUUUUAUGAGCUGUAAAAUCCUCUUAAAAAUGGAAGGGGUGAAAUGGAGGGAAUAUUUUAUGCCUUUCGACUGCCCACAAGCCCAGUGUACUCUGGAUGGAAAGUGGAAGUUAAUAUACACUGCACCAAAAUUAUUAAGGGGAAGGGGGGGCGGAGCUGUGAAAUGCUAUUGUAAUCACAAGAGAAAAGAUGCCCCUGCCCCAGCUCUGGAUCUCAAGUGGUUCUUUCUCUACAGUAUCAUCUCAGCCCAGUAACCCCACGAAAGCCCUGAGCCGUUGUGUUCCUUCACUGUACGGUUUCUGUAAUAAGAGUGUUAAUCCAUGUUAAUCUUUGUGAAAAUUAUUGUGUGCAACAGUAUUUUCUUGUGUACUGCUUUUUACCUAUGUGAAUUGUCCCUUUUCUGUUUUCUUUUUUUUCUUUCCUUCCUCUUUUUUCUUUUUUUUUCUUUUAGUAAUACGUCUUUCUUCUUUUAAAAGAAAAAACAAAAACAAACUGAUGUGUUGUAGACCUAUAUGUAACCUAUUCCUUAGUCUCAUAUUAUAGGUAUGUAAUAAGAAUGGAUAUUUUACUUGGCUUUAGAAUGUUUUACAAGAAAACUAAUUCUUAACCAAUCAAGUUCUUGCUACUAAAAAAAAGAAAAUGCUUGUGUUUUUCAUCAUGACGUUGUGUGCUUCUAAUUAAUAAUCAUUUUCGUUGUAGAAAAAUGGAGUGAAUUUAUAUUAGUCUUGGAAACUAAUAAUAGCAUUGUAAAUUUAUGAGAUGAUUUUAACAGAAAAUACAUUAUAGAAGAAUAUAGUUAUUUUAAUUGUAAUAUUACUAACUGUAGGGUGAGAAAGGAGGUCCCGUUGUGGUGAACUAUGUUAUAGCUUGUUAUUCACGGUUUCUUUUCGAUCAUUUUUUCGGUCUCUGAGGUGAAACGAGUUAUUAAUCAGAAUUUGUCAACUCACAUAUGCAUAUUGUAUAUGUGUAGAAAUGUAAUCACACUUUGUCUUGGAAUUACAUUAAACUGUUUUAAGUCACUGCAAA